AUGGCCGACAGCAAACAACACGCACACAUAGAUCUCGACGCGGAAAGCGUCAUCAACGACCCCGGCCCCGGCUUCCUAGGGAACCUCCAGGCCGCACCUUCCACUUCCACGAUGCGCCAGUACGCCUACCGGGGCGCAGAGCAAUUCCUGCACGACACUCGCUCGAUCUAUGACCCGGGUGCUAUCGCCAACCUCGAAGAGUACCUCCUGAUAACCGGCGUGAACAAAGACACCUUCACGCGCCAGUUCCUCCCGCACCAAGACGACAGGACGACGACGAAUAUCUUCGCUCGCUGGUGCGCAUACGACACCGCGCUCGAGCUCCUCCUGAUCAAAAUGCCCGAAUCACCCGCCCACUCUGCCGCCGGUCCCUUUUUCAACAACGUCCUCCUGGAUGCCCUGUGCCCAAUGGGCCUAACCCGCGAACUAGCAACGCUGGGAGCCAAAAUCCGUCGCACGCCGGAAGGCGCCAAAGCCCCAGACAUGUGCUGGCAGCCACAGCAUGUGCCCUUCCAUGCAACGCAGGGCUGGCCGUCCGUGGUGCUAGAGGUAGCGUAUUCCGAAACGCGGAAAAAGCUACAGUCUGAUAUCCGUUGGUGGCUACGGGAAGCCGACGGUCAUGUAAAGAUCGUAUUGACGAUUGCGAUCAGUCGUUAUGGCCCCGGAAUAAUGCUUGAGAGGUGGGAAAGAGAUCCAGCCAACGGUCGGAUCCGCGCCAUCCAACGCCUUCGGAUCACAAGGAACAAACGGGCUGACACUGUGACUGUCGUCGGGGCCCCGCUUAUCAUCCAGUUCGAGAAGUUAUUCUUGAGGGCGCCAGUCACGCCAGCGGAGGAUGAUAUUUUCUUGAAUAAUGAUGAUCUGGAGCAUGUCGCGAGAGGCAUAUGGAAACAGGUGGACGAACAAGGAGAAGUGCAGGGGCGCCAGUGA